AUCACAGGCACUACGUUGGGCGUAUAUGAGUACGUCCACGAGAGAUGCCGUCGAUUCGCGAUUCGAGUUUUUGCACGACAGCCGUGGGCCAGGCAACAGCGCACUCGCGCUCAAGUCGGAUCACGUUCCUCGAAGCAGAUUCAAAGUUCCGUACCGAUUAUCAAAGAACCGAAAUACUACAGACUCGAUUUCUCUCGACGACUCUGGUCUAACCUCUUCUACGGCGGGCUAUGCUGGAACAUGACGAAAGGUGGCAUCACUGGGGACGUGUUGGAAGCACGGACGGAGCCGUACUCAUUGAUAUGACGCCAUUUUACUAACCUUUUCGGCGCGGAUCGCGACGAACUACUUAAGGUGCUCCACUUCGUACCGUUUCAAGAGCGUCUGUUUGUAUCGUUUACUUUUUACGAGCCGCGCACGCUCAUUUAGAAUUCCAAGCAAUUCGUUCGAGCCGGAGUAUACCGGAAGGUAGUAUCGCUGUAGCGAAGCAGUGUUAUUAUGGAAGAUGAAGAUGGCGAAAGUAAAGUUGUGGAUACGUGGAACAUGUUGGGAGAACAGCAACUUAAAGACACAUCUCUUGGAAAUUCAUUGAAACCUUCCGUCGAUAGCACGUACACGGACGCAAUAGAAGAGGAGAAACAAUUACUGCGAUACAAUUCGAUCGCUUCGAAAGAUUCGCCGAGCAAGAACAACAGUACAGGAUCAAAAAUUGUGUUUAAAGGUUUUAAGAAACGUAUUCUGGCACAAGCUCAAGAAACACAAACGAAUACAUCGAGAAACGCGGCGCAGGAACAAUCGCCGCAUUGUAAUGCAUCGUCGAAGAAUAGCAAGGAGAAGAAGGCAGAGAUCAAACGAGGCAAAAUAACAGAAUAUGCGCAAUAUUUGGGUCUUCAACCCUCGUCGAAGAACAAGUGUUUGAAGUGCCAUUCGUCGUCGAAUCUGUGUUCUAUAUUAAAGCAAAAUUUGUGUACUUGUAAUUCCACGAUGACACCGAUGCCGAGCACGUCGGAAUCGUCAACAGUGUCGCAUUCACCCAAUUUCAAAAUCACGAGGAAGGUUUACUUAUGCGCGGCGUGCGGCACUUACUUCGAGAAUUGGAAUUUAUUUCUACAUAUGAGAGACAUACACCAACGUCACAUAUGUUUAUUUUGUCUUGGAAUGUUCGGCCAAGCGGAAAGACUGUCAUAUCAUUUAACAAAGAAUCAUAGUGUUCCAGAGGUAGCGUUUACAUCCGUUGAAGAAUUUUAUGGUGCUUUCAAAGGAUCGUGUUAUUUAGUUUGCUGCACAUGCGAAAAGGUUUUCUCGGAAACGGACAAUUUUUAUAAUCACUUUUGUUCACCCGCGUCCAAGCAGGACAUCACAACGUCUAUAUGCACUCUGUGCAGGCAGAUAGGCUCGCAUGCGAGCACGUGUAGUCUAGUUACGGAAACGACUAAAGAAAUAAGUUCUGCUUUACCUCAUACUGCGCAAACAGGCACAAUACCGACCCAUAUACUCCACAAAACUGUGAACGCUGGUAACAAAAAUGUUUUAAGGAAACCGGUAAAGAAUAAUAGAUCUAAGCAUAUAGAGGACGGUGUUUCGAGUCAACUGAAAGCAAACACGCAUGCGAAAAAGACGAACAGUAAAACCGCUUCGCAAUUGAACGAAAGUCAGCUGUUCAGCGAUAUGCUGAACAGGGGCGAAAAUUCUCAAAGCGAGGUACACGAUGUAAUUAAAGAUACUGUUUCAGAGACCAUAAUGGAAGUUUCAAAAUACAUCGGAGAUCCUUACAAAGAAAAAGAAGAGACGAGUAACAGAGAGAUUUGUCAAAACGAUACCGAGGUGAAAUCAUCGACCGAUGCUAGCAGCCAUAACAAGCCAUACGAUAGUGUGACGGAGACUAUCAUGGAAGUAUCGCGUGGUACGAACGACGUACAAGACUCGGACGAUAUGACCAAGAAGGAGGACUCGGGUUCGAACGAUAUGUUGGACGCGUCCGACAAACGGGAAUCAGAUUCCGACGAAACUAGCAAAUACGAUACCGAGACCUUCAAUUCCACCGAGGAAGCUAACGCAUCAACGAACGAACUAAACUCGGAGCAUCAAGAAACGGAAGAAAAUGUGAUGAAAGAUGAAACAGGGGAGACCAUAUCAGAAACAAAAACCGAUUCUAGUUCUCGCGUGUCCGAAAGUUCCGUUUACAGUCCUGUCAGUCGAUCGUUAUUCAGUCCUCAGCGGGAAUUGCAUGCGUCGGAUCUACAAACGAAAGAAGAGAGUUGUAAAAAUGAAAAUAGAACGAAUCACGACGAAUCAAACGAAUCUCAGUCUUCGGUGUCAUUCAAUGCCAUUGCCUCUUCCGAGAGAAGUUUAGUUAUAAAAAUAUGUACGAAUAGGAAUUCUCAAUUCACCGUUGCGACCAAUAACGACGACGCGGAGAACUUUGAUAUCAGCAAAGAGUCCGAAGAGAACAACAACGCGGAAAGUUCGUUGAUAGAGGAGAAAAAGUCGAAUGUUUUCGAGAGGGAGAGGGAGAAUAAUAACAGCGAUCCGGCGAUCGACGGCGACAGCGAUUCCGACAGUUUCAAGUUGGCAGUGGUGGAUAGCAGUAACGCGGACGAGACCGAGGACGCGGAAGAAGCGGACGAAGUUCUUGUACCGGAAGGUCAAAACGAAUCGAACAUGGACAUAGAAGAGAAUGGAAAUCAGACUGAGGACACUGUCGAAGAAGUGGCAGCUAAUGUAGAUACCAACGAAAAGAACGAAAUCAACGAAGACGUUAAAAAUGUAAACGAUAGCGAAACAAGUAGUGUCGUUCAACCUCAAACGCAGCCUAACGACGGAAUCAUGCUGGCCGGAGAAGAUAUUCCCUGCGUCGAUCUUAACGUGGAUGGUACAUUAGACAGUAUAGAGAUAGACGAUUUGUUGAAGCGUUGCAUACAAGUGGCCAGUCCUUUCUGCGUCUACUGCAACCAUGCACGCCAUAUAGCAGUGAAUGGUAAACAACUGGGAUUGCACAUGCUCGCGGAACACAAGUUUCAGCCCCAGCAUCCUGCCAUAAUCAUUCAACCGGAACAGUUUAUCGCCAGAGUGAAAAAGUCCCUCGACGAGUUGGAUUCUAAUUUCUUUAACCUAGAUUCUUACAGUAGCACAAAUGGUACCUACAACGUUCCGGACGUGCGGACAUACGAAUGCUUUCAUUGUAGAUUUCAUUCCGCCAUACACAAGGAACUUUACCUGCAUAACCGAAAGAUGCACCAAAAGACAAUCUUAAUCUGUAUAAUGUGUAAAUCCACUUUUUAUAGUUAUAGCGAAUUACUUUGUCACCUGUGCCCCGGCGCGUACUCUCCAAACAUCAACGUAAAGUACAGAUGCUGUCUCUGUCCCAUGGCGAGCCUUCCAUCCGCGUUCAGGCUGAUGGUGCAUCUGCGAAAGAGGCACCACGCGUGCGACGUUUGCUUGGAGUCCACCGGGAAUCAACAGCGUCUCUCGAACCACGUUUGGAAGCACAAGCUGCAUCAUUUGUGCUACAGGUGCGGCAUCGCGUACAGAAACAAGCCGGACAUUACGAAACAUUUGUUCUGGAAACACGGAACGGAGAGCGUGCUCUGCAAGAAAUGUUUACAGAAGAAGUGGCCGCAUAUUUAUCAUUUCUGCAUACCGCCGACCGCUUUCGUGUGCGAGGAGUGCGGGUCCAGCUUCUCGCGAGCCGUUGCCCUGAAAGUGCACAAGAGGUUGCACACCGGGGACCGGCCGUACACCUGCAGCGAAUGCAACGACCGGUUCAUCUCGCGGAAACUGUUAACCAAGCACGAGACCGCUCACAAAGAACCGUCGUUGGUCAGCGCGACUCUGGCGGACUCUGUGAGCCAACAGCCGGUGGUCGACGAGGAGAAGUCGGACAAGGAGAAGGCGGUUGUGAUCGACAGCGCUGCCGCCGCCUCCGAGUCGACGAAGGAAUCGAAAGAGAUCGUGAAGAAGGUCGUCGACGUUUACGACCUGCCGCCUUUGAAUCUGUCCUCGGAGAGCGACACGGACUCCGAGGAGGAGAAGGUCGAACCGAAGGAAAUGGAAGCCCCGGAACAAGCUAAACCAACUGAGGAGAUCGCAGCGCCGCCGGUGGACGAGCCAAAACCUGCCUCUCCCGAGCCGGUCGGCGACAGCAUAGUGGAAGUCGAGCAGAACGACGAGGAGAAGGAGCAGGGGGCGCAGAUCAUGGACGGCAUCUGGGACAACUUUAAAUCGUAUACGGCCAGCUUGGAGAUGAAAGACUCGACUGGCAGUUUCCCGGCGAAGGAACAGGAACCGCCGGAGACCGACGUGGCGUUCUUGAGAAGCAUAGUGUUGGCCGACCAUGAUUACUGCGUGGUAUGGUCGGAGAAGAAGGAGGAGGGGGAAUCGGGGCCCAAAGCGGACGACAAAGAGGAGGGGAACUUGAGCGGGAAUCAAGAUUACGCGAGCAAAGCUCGGAAGAGUCCGUCGGGCGGCAAUGGAAUACAAAGCGUCAGCGAGGCUGAUCCGAGCAGAAAGAAAGCGAAAAGUCCGAAGAAGAAGAAGCAGAGCGGUAGCACCUCGUCGAGCGACUCGUCCAGCGACAGCGAUUCGAGCAGUUGUUCAUGUGGAACGAAUUGCAGUUGUAGCAGCUCCUCGUCCGGCAGUUCUUCCAGCUCCAGCAGCAGCUCGGACUCCGACAGCUCCACCUCGGAGGGUUCGCCGAAGAAACAGUCCAGCCGCAAGGAACGAAAGAAAGAGAAAGAGGCUGCACAGGAACCGGAAGGCAGAGUCGCGGAAAUGGAUAACAAAGGGGUUUCCGCGGAGAUGGAGAACGGGGGCGCGGCGGUCUCGGGUGAUCCAGUCUGUCCGCCGCAGCUUCUGUUGAGAGAGUCGGAUCUAGAAACCGAGGAGACGGAGACGGACGAGGACUUUUACGACGAACAUCCGCAGCAGCUCGCGAACAAACUGCUCGCGGAGAAACGGAAUCAACUGCUGCUACUGGCGGCGGUCGCGCCUGCGUCUACGGAGACGACGAUACCAUUGAACAACGGACUAAUGGAGACGGACACCGCGAUACCAUCGCCGGACCCUAUGCCCAGCACCACGGACGAUCAACCGCAACAGAAGAGAAAAGUGAAGACGAAGAAACGGAAAAAGGGGGACAGGACGAAGCAGCGUAAUACGGCGCCAGCCGUGGAAUCCAUUAAACUAAACAUUCCUAAAGCGUUUUACCAAAAGAAUCCUGGUUUCUCGGCUUCGUCGCCGGCGCUGAUGCAGCCGAGCAUGGCUUCGACGCCGAGCGUAUCCGCGAGCGACAUGCACACCGUGAACGUGGCGGUCGAACAUCACACAAUAGGAAUAACGAACCAAAACAUCAGCGGCAGCGGUUCGGAAACGGAGAACAAACGUUCGUCGAAACGGAAGCGCGUACCGAAACGAUUCUACGGCGACUCGAGCGACGAGGAAGCGGACAAGCAGCCGUCGAUGAAGUGGAGAAAGGUGGAGGCGCCUUCGUUCGCGACGGUACCGAGUCUGAAGCCCCUGCCACCGAGAUUGUCUUUUGGCGGGAAGACCAUGGCUUACAGACCGCCAGAGAACCAAGCGGAGAGUCUGAGAAUCACUACGGCCUCCGCGACCGAGUCGGAGGAGCAGGCGGAGACCAGCAGCGACUCCAGCGACUCCGAAGUCGAAGCUAGCCAGCAGAUGCAAACGCAUCUGCCGGAAACUAACGCGUCUAUACCGGAACGGGCGGUAAACUUGUAUUGUUACUGUCAGUGCCCGUACGACGAGGUCUCGGAGAUGAUAGCCUGCGACGGCGAGGACUGUCGCAUCGAGUGGUUUCAUUUUGAGUGCGUCGGUAUCAUGGUGCCGCCGAAGGGCAAGUGGUAUUGUCCGGAUUGUAGAAAAAAGCACGGUAUCGUGCAAAAUAGCGAGGACUACUUUGACUGAUAGCAGCGGAUGGUG